AUGGGCGCCGCCGACCAAGACGGCGUCUUCAGGGAUUAUUUGAGCAUGCCCCAGCACGACGGCGCAGAUGCCGAGUUGCAGCGGUUGGAGGAGGAAGGCUCGUGGCCCGCGCCUGGUAUGCAUCUGGCCGUGCGUUCAGCGGAAGAAGAUGCAACAUUCCAUAACGCUCUUGGUUCCAUGUCGAUGGUGUACUCCACCAGCAGCGUACCUGUCGUCGUGCUUCCCAUGGAGGGACUUUCAGAGAGGUCGUACAUAGAUCGAGGGUGGUGCUACCUCGAGUUUUGCCUAGCACUGAGCUUUGGUAUUAUCUGCAACGAGGAAAUUCAUGUCUCAGUGAAGAGGCUCUGCAGAGAGGCUUAUGUCCAGCAGGCGAACACAGUGGACGGGUUCAGGCAAUGCUUCGAAUCCACAACAUUCACCCACAACGGCGACGCGGGUGUCGUGAUGAAUCUCUUUGAGAGCACGGUGAAUAUGAAGACCAGGCGUGAUUGCCAGCUGGCAGGCCACCCCGACGGCAUUUAG